UGGAACUGGAAAGUGGAAGCUGCUUCAGGAUCAGGAUCGAGGUAAGCAUAUAAAGGGGGGCAAGAGACAGAAAAUGAAGGAAAAUAUAUCGAUAAAGGUACGCUGGCUCCUUUGAGUUCCAAUAUAUUCAGCUCACCUUUCCUCUUGCUGAAUCAUCAUUCAUGAUUCAUCAUCUUGAAACAAAUUAAUGGCUUCUCCUCGGUGUCAUCUCCUGGUUUUGCUACUGCUUCAACUGAUGCUCUUGCUCUUUCAUCCUGUGAAAUCCCAUGAUGAGGAGGAGACACUUCUUCGAGACAUUAACAAAUACAGGGCAUCCUUAAAUCUGUCACCAUUAACAGAGAACAAAGAUGCAGAUUGCAUUGCAGAACAAGUCGCAGACCAAUUUGAGAAACAACCCUGUAGCAAUACUACGGGUGCCAACUCUGCUCCAGGAGCCGAGAUACAACUAGCCAACUACCCAGCCAUUCUGCAUCAAUGCCAUCUUAACACCAUCAACACCAAAGAUGUAGCUAUCAUUCCCGCCUGCGUUCCGAACCUGGUCCCAACUCUGGUACUAUCCAACUUCACCGGCUCCCAUUACUCACGCUAUCUCAAAGACAGCAAGUAUACUGAAGCUGGCAUUAGUGCUGAAGAUGAUUGGAUUGUAGUUGUUCUCACCACAAACGCACCUGUAGCCGCUGCCGGAACUGCAGUCGGAGGGAAUUCUGUACCUCGAAACCCAACCAACUCGGCUUCUAAGGCCGGACCAAGUUCCCACCUGCUUUCUUUGUUCUUGGUGCUUGUUCUUGUUCUGUUUAGCUGAUCAGUACACACACUCACCUCCACUCCAGGCACCACCCCAUCUUUUAUUUAUUUGUUCAUGUAGUGUUGUUGCCUUUUGGGAUGUCAUGUUUCUUCUGUUUUGGCUAUAUAGCUGGAGAAGUAGGAAAUAACGGAUUCCACAGAAGAAUUUCACACUGUUGUAAGAAAUGCAAUCCUUUUUUAUUUUUUUCA